UGUCACGAUGGAUGAUCAGCAACCGCAAGAGGCGCAGGCAGAGCAGCCCCAGCAGUUGCCGCAGGCAGGGCACGAGGCUCAGCAAGCGCCGUAUGAGCACCACGAGGCGUACCAGCAGCAGCAGCAGCAUCCGCACUACGAGCAGCAGCAGUAUCAGCAGCAGUACCAACAGCAGCAGUAUCAGCAGUACCAGCAGCAGCAGCAGCAGCAGGCACAGUACUACAGCUACGACGCCAGUCACUCGCACUACCCCCCCAGCACCUACCGCACCACCCUUACGCUUCCCCUCAUGCAGCCUCCGCUUAUCCCUCCACCCCCUACCCUCCCUCCGCCUACCCCCCGCACAUUCCUAUCAGCCAUCCCCGCCGCCCGCCUAUCCACCCGCUCAAGACUCCGCUUUCUCCGCUCCUUCUCCUCUCGCCGCCUUCUUCGACCCGCGCGAGCCGCCGCCCGCCGCCGUGGCGCCGCCGGCGAGGGAGGAGGUGCGCGGGCGCGUGGAGAAGGCGGCGGAGUACGCCGCGAAGAACGGGCCGCAGUUCGAGGCGCUCAUGCGCGACAAGCAGCGCGGCCACCCCACGUACGGCUUCCUGGAGCCGGGCGGGGAGGGCGCGGACUACUACCGCUUCCGCCUCUGGCGCAGCCGGGCUCUGAGGCUCCUGCGGCCGCCCAUCCCUCCGCCGAUUCCGCCCCUCCCCUUCCCCCGCAGCCCCCAACUGCUCCCCAAGAGGCGGAGGCGGACAUGGCGCUGCGGGCGGCGGUGGCGGCGGCGGGGCUGCCGCUGGACGUGGGGGCGAGGCGGUGGCGACGCUGGCGGGGCUGAGCGGCACCAAGGACGCCAUCAAGAGCGCCAAGGCGUGGGUGGCGUGGCGCGGCGCCAUGGGGUGGGCGCCGCACAUCGCGUGGGUGCUGAGGGAGCGCAUGGCGGCGCUGAGCGGGCAGCCCGAGCGGCAGCUGCACGUCAUCUACCUCGUCAACGACGUGCUCUUCCACAGCAGCGGCCACAGCCGUCGGCAGUGGACGCGGUGGCGGGGGCGCUGCAGCCGUGCCUGGGCUUCAUGCUGGCGGCGCUGUUCCACGGGGGCGGCCAGCAGCAGAGCAGCAACCAGGAGCGCCUGGGGAAGAUCCUCGCCUUCUGGGCCACCAAGGAG